CCUUCGCAUCACAGCACAGGCAGGUCAAAAAGCGAAAAGCGAGCAAGUUAGGUGGCGAAAGAUUUUUUUCUUCCAUCUCAUCUAGUGAGUGACCGCCAUUAAAGCGAGACAAAAGAUUAUAAAGUGCUAUUUCUACGUGCGUAGUGCAAAAGUGAAUCGCAAAUAAGUGGAUUUUAGCGGGAUUACCGACGUGUCGAUUCUGGCACCGUUUGUUGCUGCUAUCCCUGGGAAUCGUUUGCGGCCAGACUGGGCCCGUUCUGUGCUGGUUUACCAGCUUAUUUUCUUCGGCUGACCUGUUAAAACAAAAGGCUUAAAAAUUGAGGCCACAGGAGCUUUCACCGGACCUAUCAUGUUCACCACCAAUAACAUCCAGGCCGGCACGCCGGUCGGGAUACAGUAUCAAACGACCACGGCGGAUGUGAACAAACAGGUCAAAAUCGACGGGCAGAAGGCGAACCAGCAAACGCCGGAGUUCUCCACCUUCUACGCGAAUGUCAACAUGAUCCAGAAGUUGACGCCCACGUCACAGGCUCUGAGCACCGUUAAUCUGGCCCAGCUUGCCGACGACACCAAGACCGUACAGUAUUUGCAGCCGUUCAGCUAUGCGAACUGUGCCCUCGUUAAUCAGAUGCAGAUCCCCAACGGCGUUACAGGGAUAACUGUGGACGGCCGACAAUUGGUGGUAAAUAAGCCGAUAGCCAAUACUAUUUCCAACAUAAGCUUCAAGUGCGACGUUUGUGGUUUGAUGUUCAACCACUUAACUCUGCUGAACCAUCACAAGCGAACCCACAACCAGGAUGGCGAAUCAACCUCCGAUGCCAUCACCGUUGUAACCCAGCCGCAGAAUCUAGUGCAGGCACAGAACAUCAUUUCAGAAACCGGUCAAAAUCUCGGUCAGAUUCAGAUAGUCGCCACAGAAGCACUGGAUCCAGCCCCGCAAUCAGUUCAGCAACAAUUGGAACAACAGCAUCAACAGCAACAACAGCAGCAGCAACAACAACAACAGCAACAACACCAACAGCAACACCAGCAGCAGCAACAUCAGCAAGUAGUGCACGUGACUCACAUGAAACAGGAGAAGAUACAGAAAUGUAUCACCUGUGGAGGACCCAUUCAAAACAAUCCUAAACGCAAGGGACCGAAGUUGAUUCGUUGCGAGACCUGCAUCAGCAACGAUAACGCCCAUAACGUGGCUAGACCAACGCAAAUCUUUGUCGCCCCGGACGGUGACAUCAAAUUCGAGAUAGGCGAAAUUCCCAACACUUCCAACAGCAAUUCGUCUAUGGAGUCGUUGAUGCCGACGCAGAUAACCAACAUCAAAACGGAACACAACACGGCCCCGGCGGCGAUGGCGGCGCACCCGGUUAAAAAGCGAAACCUUGCUACUGUCACCAAAUGCAACAAGUGCAACGGGUCGGGCGUGAUUAUCGUUGGCGGUCAGAAGAAGCAUUUACAUCAGAAUCCAAAUGCUGUGCAUCAGCAUCAGGCACAAGAAAAGCCGUUUACGUGCAAUACCUGUGGUGGAAGGUUUUCGCGGUAUUCCAGCUUGUGGUCGCAUAAGAAACUGCACUCCGGAGAGAAGAAUUACAAGUGCGGAAUCUGUGGAAUAGCUUUCGCUAAGGCGGUCUACUUGAAGAACCAUACCCGAAUACACACCGGGGAAAAACCGUACAAAUGCGGAACCUGUGGGAUGCAGUUCUCCCAAUCUCCCCACUUGAAGAAUCACGAAAGAACGCACAGUGGAGAGAAACCGUACGUUUGUGAGGUCUGCGAUAAGGGUUUUGCCCGACACGCUACCCUCUGGAACCAUAGGCGUAUUCAUACCGGCGAGAAACCCUACAAAUGUAACCGGUGUCAGUCAGCAUUCAGUCAAGCUGCUCAUUUGAAGAAUCACGAAAAGGUUCAUUCUGGAUUGAAACCGUUCAAAUGUGACAUUUGCUCAGCGGCAUUUGCUGAUCGGUUCGCUCUGAAACGGCAUCGGGGAAUUCAUGAGAAAUAUGGUCAAACCGCCCCGUUGCACCAAAACCAGAUUGUUCAUAAGGAGGAAAUAAUCGAAAUGGAUGAAAGAUCCGGCGAAGUGGUAAUCGGUACCAUGUAAGCAAGCCGCUCGAUUCCACCAAGCAGAAGGCAAGCAUACACAAAUUCGAUUGACCGUAUCACUUUUUGGCGUUAGCCAAAUCGAUUGGAAUUGUGAUUACUAUUGGCAAAGCACGUUUCCAAACAGUGAUGUUAUUUUUGCGGUACUAAAUAUUGAACAGAGUUAGUCAGAUUGUAGGUUCAUUUUUUACUGUUCACGAUAGAAAUCAUUGAACUCGAUUGUGAAGUUCAUAUUCGAACAGCAACAUUAUUUCGAAGCCAUAUUUAAAACAUUUUUGUAAUUGUUUAUUUUAAUUUCUAACUUCGAUAAUAGUGAUAAAUGAUUUUUAAACGAAAAUAAAUAAAAGAAACUUAAUGAAAAGUUUGAGGAAAUAUCAGUAGUUUUAUUACAGGUCUUUCGCACGUCUGGCGUGUCUGAGGUGUAGCAGAAUUCUUUUUAUGAAAUAAUGGUAACGCUACCACCACACAGAAAACAUUAGAUUUAUAAACAUACUUUUAUGUUUAGUAAGAGAUCGAUGUAUAUAGGAUCAAUAUUAAUGGUGAAACAUAAUGUAUAGAAGAAAGUUGUCACAUUUGUUUUCGUUCAUAGUUAGCAUGUAAGUUUUUAUUUCUCUGUUCAAUUGCUUCACCACAUACUAUUCAUAAAUUUCGUUAGUAGGCAACGAUGAAGUUAGCAGCAGUCGUACAAAUUAGUUAUGAAAAUAUAAAACUAGCCUUAUAAUUUCUAUCUUUGUACAUAAACAUAACUAAAAAUAUUCGGUUUCCAAGUAAAUGUAUAGAUGGCAAUACAUUUUGAAAUAAAGUUAAAUAUUACAAUAAUGAA